ACCGCGGAUCUGGCAACACUUGUGAGAACAGGGUCAGUUGUUAAACUCGCUGUUUUAAGAGCGUGCAGCAUUUUUUUUUUUAAAGUUUGGUUCUGCAUAAUCACUGACAUCUUUAGUUGAUGACCCUGCAUAACCGACAGCUCCCUAAAUGCAAACUUUCGGUUCUCUUUUCUGUGACGGAAGUUUAUUUCUGUGUCGUCGAGCUGGUGGUCAAAAUUUUCUGGAAUAUAUUUGCUGUUUGCAGAAGAGCAAUGAGCUGCCAACACAGUCUCUUAUUUCUAUUCCUCUCUGGCUUCAUUACUGCAAUCACUGCAGAGACAUGUAAAACAGAUCUACUCGAGGGAACGUCCUGCACCCUUCAGCUGCCAACAAAAUACACUGACACAUCUUAUGAGAUCAAAUGGGUCCAUCUCUCUAGUGAUGCUGUGGUUCACAGAAAAGGUGGGACGAUGAGGAAAACAAUACCAGGUCUAAUAAUGAAAGAAGAUGGAUCAUUAACAUUUGAAAGUGUUAGUCUGAAGAACAGUGGCAAAUAUACAUACACUGUUUUUAAUGCUGAAGGUACACAGCUUGAUGCUGGAGAAAAGGAAAUUAAAGUUUAUGAAAAGGCUCCUAGCCCUACUCUGACAAUGAACAUCAACUGCAAAGAUGGGAACGCUACACUCACCUGUGACUUUGGAGACCGUACAGAUCUGACUGUAUCCUGGUAUAAAGAAGACAAUAUAAUCCAGAAUGAAAACAACCCAAACCUUCUCUUGACAUCUGCUCAAGUACAGGAGAAUAAACCGUACUCCUGCAGUGUGAGCAAUCCUGUCAGCAAAGAGCAAAGUGACAGGAAAAGAGCAUCAUGUUUUAUAGGUACCACAGUUAAAGGUGAACUGGGUUCUACAACUAAAGUUGUCCCAGUUCCUCGUACAUUCUUUGGCUUUGAUUUCUGGGUAAUGGUGAGCAUUUUAGCAAGUUCAGGAGCCCUUCUGCUGCUGCUGCUAUGUGUUCUUAUCAUCUGCGUAUGUCGAAGCUGUAGCCAAAGCAAGCAGCAAGAUGAGAAGGAGUUCAGACUGAAGAAUCUUCAAGCUCCAGCUCCUACCAAAACAGAUCCAAACACAAUGGAGUCAUCUUUACAACUGACAACUUAAGUGUUCAUACUUCUAUAAUCUAAACUCUGCGGACCCAGAUACGGGUCCAAAAUCACCUUAAAAAUUUUUAUAAUUAAUUUACAUAGCCUUCCUUAUAAGGUAUCAGCCCCUUAUAUGGGUUUAUUUGAAAGCUUAGAGUCUCUUCUUUACAAAGAAUACCAUAACUCUUGGUUGUGAUACAUAAAGAAGGAAAAUUAAGUUUAGAAAUGUAUUCAUCCCACAUACGAAUUUCCACCUAACGACAAAUAAUGUUUCCUAAUAAUGUUUCCUAAGAAUCUGUAUUUUAUAUAUUUUUCACAAAACAGUCAAGUUAUUUAUCACAAGAAAGCUCUCAGAAAUUCUCAGGAAUUUGACAGAUCAAAGAUCUAAUUUGAUCGCAGAUCAAAUGAUUAGAUUAUGAUCUCUACUUUCAAACGAGACUAUUUUCACAUUUCUGCGUGCUUCCAUUGCUGAGAUAUAUGGCGUUUUGUCCAGACACACAUCAGGAAAAAAAGACACUCUUUUUGCUAGACAGCUCUUACCUUUUACAACUCUGUGAUGCCCAGUGGACUGCAGUGGGUCAUAUUACAUAUCAGUAAUAGCAAUCUAUGAAUGUGGCUAUGAAUAUAUGUCGUAUGGCCAAAUAUGAAAAUUUAAUGAAUUUAAACAUUGUUUAAUUACACUGUAAAUACCUCUGCAGAUAUUUGGGUAGCACUUUAUUUUAAAGUCCUGUUCCCCAUGUACCGUACAUACUAUGUACUUAUUAUAGUAAUUACAAUAACUAUGUAAUAACUAGGUAUGAACCCUGAACCUACCCCUAAACCUAACCCUAACCCAUGUAGUUACCUUGUAUUACAGAACUUUCUUAGAUAAAUACACUGAAAGUACACUAUGAGUACAUGUAAGUACACAUACUGUAAAAUAAAGUGCAACCGAUAUUUGUUAUGUUCAUAUUAUGUAUAGGAAUAUUACAUUAUGUAUUUUAAAAAGGUGUUGUUCAAUAAGUGUAUGAUAUAUCUUUCAUUCUUCAGGUCAACCAUAUUUUCAUGAAAAAAAAAAUGAAUUUGUGUAUGUCAAAUUUAGGUGAAAUUAAACACACACACACAAACACACACACACACACACACACACAAACUAAAAAUCCCCAGUGCUUACACACAUAAAGCACUUUAAGAAUCUGAUUUUUUUAUAUUUUUCAUUUAUUUUUUUAUUUUUUUAUGAAGAGCCUAUUUAUUAAUAGAUGCAGUGUGAAUUAUCCAUGGGACUAUGUUAUUCAUAAAUGGUUAUAAUUUUUUAAGUUUUGUGAUUUGAGUAAAUGAUAAGCUUCAAUGGAAACACUUCAAAUGCUUCAAGAGAUUAAACACAGUCUUACCGUGAAAAUAAAUUUUAAUGCGAAAAGGGAUGUUGAUAACCACAGUGAUCAAAGAAAUGACAAUUGCAAUGACAAGAAUUCUGUUCAAAUCUAAUGAAGAGGGAAAAAACACGUCAUACUUAUAAAACAAAUCCAGUUCUGUAAUAUGCAUUAUUAUUAGAUUAGGAAAUAACAUACUGCAUUACCAAAUUUUGCCAUAUUUUAGAAAAAACACAAAACUUAUGUAUGCAGUAAAUCUACAUACAGAUUUAUGUUGUAUUGAGUUUCUUCACUGUCUCACCAUUACACAGAUGUCUCACAUAGACUGGAUCACUGGUCGCUUUACUCACUGCAUUCUCGAGUGUGCAUGUGUAGAAGUUUUUUGGAUUUCCUUGUUUUUUUCAACUAUGAUGAACUCUCCUUUCAGUUGUAGCUUUAAGCCCUUGAGUGUUUCUCCAGCUGAAUACUUCCAGAUGAUCGUUUCAUUGUACUCACAUAUUAAAUAAACAACAUCUGGUUAACGCCCCUCUGUGUUUUUAUCACAGGUUUAGGGACUCCGCUCUGUGAAAGAAACAAUGAAAAAGUAUUUUAACUACAGCCUAGGAAAGUGUUCUGUGUACACUCUCAAAAAUAAAGGUACAAAAGCUGUACCUUAUCAAAAGGUACACUUAUGAUCCUAUUAGGUUGUAAUUUGUACACUUUAAGUACUAAUAUUUACUUUUAAAGUACCAAAAUGGACCCUUUAGGUACAAACAUGUACCUUUAUUCCUGAGAGUGCAUGAUAUGAUUAUGGUGUCAGAUACUAAUGUUAUUUUACUUUGCUAUGAACUAUCAAUAACCUAAAGGUUUAUACUGUAAUGUUACAGUGGUUUCGGACAUGUACAAUGAUAGUACUGUUAUUCAUAGAAGUACUUGGGAGAACCAUGUAAAUAUUUAAAAUUGCCAAGGCAUUAUUCCUGUAUCUGAAGUUAGCUACAAACAACUGAAUCAUGAGUAUUAAUAUGAGUGAACUAAAUAAAUGCAUGACAAAUAUUGACUCACCC